CGUCAUUCCUCUAACAACAACAACAAAACAAGAACAAGAACAAGAAGAUGGGUGAUGAUUCCGGCAUGGAUGCUGUUCAGAGACGUCUCAUGUUUGACGAUGAGUGCAUUUUGGUUGAUGAGUUGGACAAUGUGGUUGGCCAUGAUACUAAAUACAAUUGCCACUUGAUGGAGAAGAUUGAAACAGGAAAGAUGUUGCAUAGAGCAUUUAGCGUAUUUUUGUUCAAUUCAAAGUACGAGCUACUCCUCCAGCAACGUUCUGGAACAAAGGUUACAUUUCCUUUGGUGUGGACCAACACGUGCUGUAGUCAUCCACUAUAUAGAGAAAGCGAGCUUAUCCCUGAAAACGUCCUUGGGGUCAGAAAUGCCGCACAAAGGAAGCUCUUGGAUGAGCUCGGUAUCCCUGCGAAAGAUGUUCCCGUUGACCAGUUUACUCCCAUAAGUCGCAUGCUAUACAAGGCUCCAUCUGAUGGAAAGUGGGGUGAACAUGAACUUGACUACCUACUCUUCAUCGUGCAUGAUGUUGCUGUAAACCCAAACCCAGAUGAAGUGGCAGACAUCAAAUAUGUAAACCAGGAGCAGCUAAAAGAGUUGCUAAAGAAGGCAGAUGCAGGUGAGGAAGGUUUGAAGCUGUCUCCUUGGUUCAGGUUAGUGGUCGACAACUUCUUGUAUAAAUGGUGGGAUCAUGUUAAAAAAGGUACACUUACAGAGGCGAUCGAUAUGAAAACGAUCCAUAAGCUGAUGUAAAGGUGCAGCUCAACUUGCAGCUUUGGUACUAUUAGUUUGGGUGAUACGGUUUCUUUUAAAAAAGCUCAUACUGCAUCUGAGCGUGUCGAUUGUUGUACGUGUAACAUAGUACUUAUGGUUUUCUUGUGAUGAGUGUGAUUAUGAACCACGGAUCAUUUCGAACUAUGGAAUUUGGCAUUAUUGUUUCCCUUGAUGCUUACUGUUUUGAUGAUUAUAUCAAUAAAUAGCUUUGAGUUAUGUUUUGGUCUGAUUAGAUUGGACAUCUACUUUGGACAAAUGUACCUAUGAAUGGUUGAUUUGAUUAUCCAUGUAUAUUAUCUGUUUUUAUUCUA